UGUCCCUCUGGACGACUCGUAACUCCUGCGCCUCUGUUCUGCCUGUUUAAUAGUUAAACAUGGCGGAAGCUCCUCCAUGGACCAGCCGGUUCUUCUGCCACAGAUGUUCGGCUGAGAUUCGCCCGCAGUUACCCGACUAUACAUGUCCAAGAUGUGAAUCUGGGUUUAUUGAGGAACUAUUAGAAGAAAGAAGUGCAGAUAAUGGCUCCAUGUCUACCAUCUCCAUUGGACACCAGAACCAGCAACAACUUGAGAAUGCAGACCAGCACUUAUUUACCUUCCCUUCGGGCUAUGGUCAGUUUGCCCUGGGUGUCUUUGAUGACGGCUUUGAAUUUGGGGCUGGUCUGGGAACAGAGGACAAUCGCGAUGCUGAAAAUCGCCGGGAAAGGGAAACUGCAUCACAGCAAAGAUAUGGUUCCAGGCAACCUAGAAGUCGUCACGGCUCGAGACGACAACCAGGCAGACAUGAUGGAGUUCCCACUUUAGAAGGAAUUAUUCAACAACUUGUGAAUGGAAUAAUUGCACCUACCGCGAUGCCAAACAUUGGUGUUGGACACUGGGGUGUUCUUCACUCAAAUCCUAUGGAUUACGCCUGGGGUGCUAAUGGACUAGAUGCAAUUAUAACACAGUUACUAAACCAGUUUGAGAACACAGGACCCCCACCUGCUGACAGGGAUAAAAUAAAAAGUCUUCCUACAGUACAAAUUAUCGAUGAACAUGUUGCCUCAGGACUGGAAUGCCCAGUGUGUAAAGAAGAUUACAGUGUUGGAGAAAGUGUGAGGCAGCUUCCAUGCAAUCACAUGUUCCACAAUGAUUGCAUAGUUCCGUGGCUGGAACAGCAUGACACGUGCCCUGUGUGCAGGAAAAGCUUGAGUGGACAGAACACAGCAACAAACCCUCCAGAACUAUCAGGGAUGAACUUUGCCUCCCCUUCUUCCUCCUCAACCUCUUCAUCAUCUUCCACCCCCCAAUCUUCAAGUUCAGCCAGCAAUGAGAACUUCACAGAUAACUCCUAGGAAAAUGACGUCCAUCUCACACUAUGUACUUUUGUUUUUAAUAGCUCCUAGGCUGCUGUAUAUCAAAAGUGGUGAGCACUCCCUGCCACCGGGUAGAGUGCCGAGUGCGUCUGACCACAAGCGCUCAAUUCACAUUCAGGAGUUAAGAUCUAUGUGUUUCUGCUCGUCCUGUUGCUCCCACCUUGAUCAGGAAUCUCAGCAGUGGAAGGGCAAGGAAAUGGAGUGCUGCUGCUUCGAGGGAGGAAGUGGAAAAGCACGGAACCAUUGAUAAGCUUGGUCUGCCUGAUUCACCUCUUCACACCAGAAAAAGGAAUCCAAAGGUAGAGGAUUUGGAACGCUUCUCUUUUUUAAUCUCCUGACUUGUAUGUUGUGACACUUUGGCAAAGAAAGCAGAAAGAUGUGUACAGUUUAUUGUUUUUAUAGGUACUUUAAUUUCUCACAGAAUAAAAUUGCCCAGUGCACUCCUGUGCACAGUUUAAGUGUACAUAACUUUCCUCCAUGGUUUGGAUCCACCUUAAUAUAUGGUUUAUUUUAUUUUGUGCCACAAGUGACAGUUUUUUUUUUUAACAUAAUCCAGUAUUUAUUGUGAAGGUCCCUCGCCAUUUUUCAGAUUACCUUACAUGACACAAGUAGAGUUUGCACCUGAAAUAUAACAAAUGAGUUUUUUUUUUUUUUUUUUUUGUGCUGUUGGUCAUGUAGCCAUACUAAAUUUUACACAAAAGAUUUUGUUCUAUGUGCAAUCCUGGAAUUACCAUCAGUGCUUCACAUUAUUAUUAUUAUUAUUAUUAUACACUUUACAUUUAGUGGAUUUUAACUGAAGAGAAAAUAUUUUCCAAGUUGCCAGUUUGAAAACUACUGAUCUGCAGUAUGCUCAUGCAAAAAUGAACUGAUAUUAAAAUAAAAAUGUUUGGGUGCUACCACUCAAUUU